GGGUACUUGUGAUGACAUCACGUAAUAUGCACGCGGAAAUAUCGAACGAUUACAAGCGAUAAAACUGUGUACAGAUGUCCCGCUCUGCAAGAAAUCAAGGACACGCUAAACGAGGAAUGGUUUGUCCUGAGCUUCAUAUGGAUUGUACUAAUUGAUAAGGUGAAGGGACAAAGUGAAUUGCCAGAAAAUAGGAAUGAGUGGAAUUUUGCACUGAACAAGUGAAGACUAAUUACUGCCUCCUUGCAAAGAUGAUAAAGCCACACAAAACUCAUAGACAGCAGAAACAGGAGCAAAUCAAGGAGAGAUUAGGUGAAGUUGGAGUGUGUCGGAUCAGAAGAACUGAAGAGAAUGAUGGAAUAUCCGAAACUCUUGGCUGUGGAUUUUUGGUUAGGAAUUUUGCUAUUGUUCCUGGUUUCCCUUACCCUCGGUGUCUCAUAUCAAGUGAUAAAAUCUUUCCUGUUGAGUGUAACAUUGAUAAGUACUACUUAGACUUUAAAAAGGUGGAUCCAAAUGCCUUGAAGACAAUUAAAUUGAAAGACAUUACUAAAGCAGACAAAGUCAGUCGAAAUUAUGGUUUGGUUGUAAUUCAAAUUGAUCCUUCUGAGAAAUGCAAGAAGGGUGAUAGUUUAUUUGAUAGACUGUUUGAUGUCACCAAUGAAGAACUGACACCCAAAGAGAAUGACUUGCGCUGCCUUUAUGUAGAUGAUGCAGGUGACUCACAAUUUUCAGUGAAAUCGCUCAAGCUUGGAGAACCAUUACAAAGCCAGUAUGUACUCGCUGAAGAAAAUGAAAGCCCUUACAAAAGUUUCACUGAGGUAACUCGCAGAGGAGAUCGUAAGCCCUAUGGUGCUGCCAUCGUUAAGAAUGAUGGCGGGGGAUUAAUAAUUGCUGGAGCCCUGACCUUCUCUGAUGAUGACACGAAAACUGUCCAGCCAGUUUUCUUUCCACUACCUGCUCAAGGAAGUGUUUCUCAAUGGAACAAUCCAUCCGAGGAAGGACAGCCACUUCGACACACACCACUUGUUGCUGUUGCAACUCUUGAACAAGAAGCAGUUGAUGGUCUAGUUAAAAGUGGCAAAAUUCCAAAAGAUAAUCUACCCUACCUGGCAUGGGAUAUUGGAAACGAAGGUAGCUGGAAAAACUUUGGGAGAUGUUUAAACCUUAGUGAAGGAGAAUUAAAGUGUUUUGGAAGUGACCAUGGUGGGGAAUACGAAAGGUGGUAUUGUAUGCUUAAAGCCUGGAGAGAACGUGAUGGUGCUUAUGUCACUCUUGCCAAUACCUUAAAAAAGCAUAAUCGGACAGACCUUUUUGAACAGUACUGUCUCGAGGGAAGUGAUCCGCCCACAAAAGGACCAAGGCAACCGCCCACAGAUUUAAACCUGAAGAAGCUACGUAUUAGCGAAGAAGACCAUCGGGAUAUUUCCCGUAGAGUUGCGAGUAAACGUAGAAGAUUAGGGAGAGCCCUUGGGUUAGGAGAUGAGAAUUUAGAGGCAAUAAUGGAAGAUAAUGCGAAUGACACCAAUGAGCAGUCCUUUAAGAUACUACAGAAAUGGAUGCAGUCAAAUGGGGCUAAAGCCACUUACGAUGUCCUCGCACAAGCUUUGUAUGAUCGCACUGUCAUGCUGGAUGAUGUUGUGGAAGACUAUUGCGUCAUUUGAGUGACAAAAUGUCUUUGGGCACCGAGCUUUUAAGCCCACAUGGGAAAUUAGAAGAGGAAUUCAUACUAGUAACAAUCAGUCAACCUUGUUACGGUUAUUAUUUAGUUUCCUUCAAUACGUCAUAAUUAGCUGAUGUUAGGAACAUUCUCGAUAUAAUUCAUUUUUCCGAGGGAAAACACACGUAGUGACACGCUUAUCCAAGUAAUCCUGACAAAGAGGCCGAACUAUGUGGGUCAGAUCUGUAAGUUGUCUCCUAUUUGGCCCUACUGUAAUUUGAGAGAAAAAACGAUACGAAAUGAAAAUCUGUAAUUUGCGAAGUGAACUGUCCAUUACGGUCGUGAAGAAAUCAAUGGGUCACCUGUAUGAAAAAAGAGUUGCGCCUUUUAGCCAUAAAAUGCAAACCUGUAACUGCGACAUUACUUGGUGCUGUUUAAAAGGUGACAUCAAUGUAUAUAGAUGAUAGUAUUUAUUAUUCGAAUGCGUGACAGGACACUUUGCUUGACCGGACGAGACUUCAGUUCGCGUAAGAAAUUGUUACCGCACUAUUUGAGACGCAACCAACAUUAAUUGUUUAUCAGUGGAGAGGCUACGAAAUGUGCUUUUUGGCGAAAAUGUUUUCGUAUUAGCUUGACCAAAUCGUAACCAACUGAGACGCAACAGUUCGAACGGACAUGUUCCUUUGAGAGAAUUAAUCGGGUGUCAAAUCCUACCGUACUAAUACAACUUCUCAACAAUUCAAUCCAAUUUUUUGGUAUUCCUAUUGGUGCACUUGCAAUCUUUCUUUUAAGUUUACCAUCGAAAUUUAACCGAUACGCGUUUUGUCGGAGUUCAUAGCGGGAGAUUGAUUUACCCCGCACAAUGUUUUUUAGGUUGGUAUCUUAGAAGGCUUCGUACCACCCUUAAAAGCAAUCCGUCUUUUUUGCGUCAAAAGUUUUGUCAGCAAUUCUCGGCUUUGGGUUACCACAUAUCAAGUUAUGUCAACGCUCUGAAAACAGUGGACAUGCCAACCGCCAAUAGAAACAAAGAGCGCCUCUUUCUUGUUGAUGCUAUAUCGCUGUCGUCUGUCGAAAAUAUUAGGGAAUGUGUCCCAGAUCUCCUCCAUCAGGGGAGCUAGAGCCGGAGCACUCUUCAAGUGAGGAGAGACAGGAAAGUGAAGUAAACUGUGAAGAAUAGGGAGAAGCGUGAGGUUUUAAUUCUGAAAAUGUCGACCGCCGAUCGAACACUUCAUGGUGCUUAUGGCUUCAACUGAUGGAGAUCUGUGACAUAUUCACCAUAGUUUUCUUUUUUCAGACGAAAGCAAUAUAGCAUCAACAAGAGUAAAACACAACGCUAGCGCACCGAGCAACCGUUGCACGUCAUCAGCCUAGAGUGCGUUGCGCACCAUUCAAGAUGGCGGCCGCGGGAAAUUCGAAGUUCAUGUUAGGCCCUUUGGAAAACGAUAAAAAAUCGGAUCGCUUGGCAAGACAAAUGCUUAUGCCAUAUCUAUUAAGAUGUACAUCUAGAACAUUUUAAGCGUUAUUUGUAAAAAGAGUGGAAAUUCCCUUUAAGGAUUCGGUAGACCUUCGCGGGUGUUCUUCUCAAAAACAUUUUUCGACGCGCUAAACUAUAUAUCCUUGGGAAUGUUUUGAAAUGCACGCUUCGUUAUUUUGAGGCUCAGCUGUUUCGCUAGGUGAUAUCAACUGAGCUGUAGGUUUCUCAAUAAUCUUAGGUUAGAGAGUUUGUAGCAUGGAUUUUAGUUUUUUUAUUAUACAUAUAUUUUUGUCAUUUUUUAAUUAUGUAAUAUAUUUACAUGUUAUUUUAAAAUACUUUUGUGGCUAAAGAUAGGGAGAGUUUGAAGACGUGAACAAUAUUCUAACCUGUCUACCUUUGAAGCUAAUAUGUUCAAAAUAAACGUGUGAUAAUUUUCCAAAGUGGAAAGAUGCUGUCGUAGCAGUCUUGUAGAUAGUAUGCCACUGUAAACGCAAUAAAACUGCAUAGUCCUUAAUGUUUA